GAAGUACCAUAAAGUCAAUUAGUUAAUGUCGGUUAAAAUAAAUUUAGAAAAAAAUGUGAAAAUGUCGCUGUAAGCGUGACAAAUUUUCAAAAAUUUCCCCCUCUAGCUCAGUCCCUUCGCGUAUGAAUCUAUUUACCGAAUAAAUCCCAGGCAGCUGAGUGAAUGUGAAAAUUUUCGCACAGCAGUUACGUAUGCCUUUACGUACAGUCAAGUAAUCUACUCGUUGACGAAAGAUCGCUUGGAACGACAAGCGAUUCUGACAAAAAAUUGUAAAAUCCAAAAGCAAGACAAACCCCCGAGGAGCUGCAAAAUUUGUUGAAUAAAAAAAUCAAUCGAGCAUGGAGUUCAAUUUAAACGACGACGACGUGAAGGAGAUAGUGAGAAAUCACGUGGGUCAGGACCCCCACGAGAUCUUCUCGCACAACCUGCCGGCCGAAGACGAGCUGAUGCCGACGACGAGUUUCCGCGCGAGGCUCAUCAUCAAGUACCGCGGCAGGGAGAUCGACCCCAAGCGAUCGCUGUUUUGCUUCAUCAAGUACCUGCCGCAGGUACCCAAGCCGCUUCCAGAAGCAGCAGCAGCAGCGGUGCCAGAAGCAGCCGAGCCGGAAAAGACGUCACCCGCGGGCAGCUCGGACGAGUCGGAAUUGACCGACUCUUCCUCGUCGAAAUCGUCGGACAACUCGGAAGCGAGCUUCAAGCCGAAGGACUACAUCGUAGGCCAAUUCGAGCACGAGUACGCCUUCUACAAGCUGGUCUAUCCGCUACUCAAACGGGUACCCAUCAAGAUCGAGUUCAUGGCCCGCUGCUACCUGGCCAAGAAGGACGUGAUCGCCCUGGAGGACAUGCGCAUGCGAAAGUUCCGGCCGUACCCGAGCAAGCAGCUGAGCUGGCGCGAGCUGGUCGCCGGCGUCAAGGCCGUGGCCCGCUUCCAAUGCUCGGGCAUCAUCGCCGACGAGGAUCUGGCGAAGGAACUGGGUCGAAGCGAGACCGGGAGCUGCAUCGACAAGAUCCACCCGGAGGCGCUGCUCGAGUCCAUCUUCGUCGGCGACCCGCUCCAACAGAUGGAGCUGCACAUCGACCUGGCCGAGAGCGUGGCGCGCGAGCUCGGUCUGCCGAGCCACAGGAUCAGGGCGGGACUGCUGAAGGGCUUCCUCGACAUCGUCAACUGGAACGACGAGCGGCGCAGCCUCAAGCGCACCAUCUGCCACGGCGACGUCAGUCCCAAUACCGUGCUGUUCGACGAGGGCCGACUCACGGAGAAGAAGUGCUUCCUCGUGGACUUCCAGAAGGUGCACUACGCCCCGAGGACCCUCGACGUCAUGCAGUUCAUGUACUUGAGCACGGACAAGAACCAGAGGAUCAACCAAGAGAUCGGCGCGCUCGAUGCCUACUACCGCGAGAUGCUGCUGUGCCUGAAGGAUUGCGGCAGGCCCGAUCCAGCCUGGGACUACGGCGACGUCGUGGCCGAGUACGAGGAGGUGCGUCUCAGCGGACUCCUGCUGGCCGUCAUCAAUGCGCCGCUCGUCUGGCUCGAGGGUGGCCACAAUCCCGAAUACACGGAUUUCGACAGCUUUUACAAGAAAACCCUCUUGCGCAAGGACAACAGCGUGAUCGUGAAGAUUUUCAAGGAGAAGCCCGACUUUGCCGCGAGAAUGGCCGAUCUCAUUGUGGAGCUCGUCGAUUAUCUCGAGAGGAACGACAUCACGGACACGUCCUACACGGAAGAGAAACUGAGCGAGUUGAGAUUGUCGUUGGACGAGGAUUUGGACUCUGGCGAGGUUCGUGGCUCGUCGACGACGCGCGACGACUUGAUGAAUCUUAGCGCCGCGUUGCGCGAUCUUCCCGAACCGAGGAGUGCCAUCUAUUCGAACCUCGGAAAGAGCCCGUCCAAGCGAUUGUCUCUCGACUCAAAAUUGCAGGAAGCUUCCUCCGACGACCAAUUGAAUUGCCAAGAGCCAGGGCCAGGCACGUCCGACGAUAUGCAGUGCUGUCUCCCCCAGCUUCCCGCGGUGAAUGUCGAGGAGGAGCUGGAUCAGCCGCAAGACCGCGAUUCCGACAGUUUGAAUGAAAAUGUAGAUAUUGCUUUAUUGAUCGCCGAGGCUCUUGCAAUAAAUGCACGAGUUAACCCCGAAUCCGAUCCAGAUGAAGAUCUCGAGCUGUAUGUGCAAGUUGAUGAUCCACCGGUCGAGGGCCAAGAGCAAGUCGCCGCUCAGGAUCCGCAGAUGAUCGAGGAAGCUGCCGGUGGCGUCGAUUUAGCGGCAUCGAACACGACGGCGGACUCCGGGGUUCCGAGCUCUCCUGCCUACUUACCCGAUCUUCUCGAGCGCCAAGUCCUUUAUCCACCAUCCAACGCCGUGUCCUAUUCCAGUCGGGACUCGAAUUACUCGAUCGUAAUCACGGAAUCGUCGAGUCUACCUGACAACGACGCCGAUUCGCCGUCGAAUCCCUAAGUAAAUGCUAAUGAUGCAUCGUCGGGAUCUUCGUAAAGUACGAAACGCAAACAAAUUUUUAUCCUGGCGAUUGCGCAUCGCUCAAAUUUUUAUGUAGUUAUGAACAAAGCAACGGUAUGAAAUUUACACGCGAAACAUGUUUUAUUAUCUUGACCAUCGACCAAGUUUCUGUACUUUACAAAUGAAUUUGUAUUUUUAUACGUGAUGACUGAUAAAUAAACACUAGUAAGCGGAAAUCGGCUUCAAUUAAA